UUCCUCUAGUCCAAUCUGAGCUCCACACAAGAUUGCAGCAGAGACUCUUGUGCAAAUGAGAUUAACACUCAUUAUUCUCACUUUGCUGUUUGGGGAUGUGAGAAAGACACAUGACGAUGACUGUGGUUACAUGCGCAUCAGAUUCCGUCUUUAUUCGGGUUGCAGCCAUAUUCCAACUAUACAAUGUUUAUGUGCGUACAGGCAUCGAAAUAUUCCUGUUCACAUGGUUGUUGUAAGUAUGCCUAAGUUGCAGUUCCUAAAUACCUGGACUACAGCUAAGCAUCUGUUAGCACCCACAAUUCCUUGCGGACUGAGCAUACACCUAUAUCCAGAGGUGAGAAUCUGUAUUUGGGGAAUCAGAAUGCAAUCGGUUUGCUGCGUUGCCAAUUUCCAAUUAAUAUUGGAAUAUUGAUGUGCAUAUAAACGUAGUCAAUGUAAUUUGGUCAUGUCACCUUUUAUAGGAGACAGAGAGUGAAAGAGUCUAAACAGAGGAGCUAACUGAGAGAUGCAGAAUCAAUAGCAUCUGGGGUUGUUGGUUCUAUAUUUAGUAUUUAGAGUAUAGUAUAGUAGAGAAUGAAUCUAUAGAGUUUUAAAACAUGCCUACUGAGAUUUAAAAUGGAUUGUGUGUGUGUUUAUCCUUGAGUUGUGUCUUGAACUCACUUGGAGUCCACCUGUUGCGAUUUGAAUUGAUUGGACAAAGUUUGAAAAGGCACACAUCUGAGUCUAUAAGGGCCCACAAGUUACACUGCAUUGUCAGGACAAAAACCAAAAAAAAACCAUGAAGUCAGAGGAACUAUCUGUGAAUCUCUGAUCAAAUUGUAACAAGGCAUAAAUUGUUUGGCAAGAUGGAAAACAGUUGAGUAAAAGGCUUAUGAAAACAUGUGGGGAAAAUAUUCUCUGGUCUGAUGAGAUGAAAAUUAAACUCUUUUGGCAAGGACAAUGUCUGGCAUGAUGGUGGCAGCAUCAUGGUAUGUGGGUGCUUCUCAGAUGCAGGGACAUGGAGACUAAUAACAGUUGAGGGAUGGAUGAAUGCAGCCAAAUACAGGAACAUCCUUGAAGAAAAGAGCGUACAUAAACUCAGACUGGGGCGAUAGUUCACCUUUCAACGUGACAAUGACCCUACAAUGAGUGGCUUCGGUGCAAGUCUCUGAAUGUCCUUGAGUGCCCAGGCACUCUAUCGAACAUCUGUGGAUAGACCUGAAGAUGGCAGUUUAUAGAUGCUCACCAUCCAAUCUGAUGUUACAUCGGCAAUCUGGGAACAUUUUGGAUUCGUGCCUAACGAGAGAGAAACAUGUGGCUGUGUCCACUUCUCCAUUUCCUCAUUCCACUUUCUCUCCUUCUCCCCGGGUCAAUCACAAUACCGUAUCCCACAGCGCCCUCAGGCUGUUUCUCAUAGCAACAACAUGACGCAACAACAACAUGACGCAACAACAACAUGACGCAACAACAACAUGACGCAACAACAACAUGACGCAACAACAACAUGACGCAACAACAACAUGACGCAACAACAACAUGACGCAACAACAACAUGACGCAACAACAUGACGCAACAACAUGACGCAACAAGGCUGUACUGAGUUGUUUCACCGACACCAGCAGCUAAAACACCAGCUACUGAGAAGAAGGAACGACCCACGAGCAUCAUGAGUGAGGCAUCCAACUACACGGGUGGCUCAGAUUACAUGACGCACCCAAGCAGUCCAACAACUAGACAAUCAAGGUCAUCUAAAAAAGUCCAUAAUUUUGGAAAGCGGUCACACUCCAUAAAGAGAAACCCAAAUGCUCCAGUAGUCAAACGCAGCUGGCUUUAUAAACAGGACAGCACAGGAAUGAAGAUGUGGAAGAAGAGGUGGUUUGUGUUGUCCGAUAUGUGCCUCUUCUACUAUAAAGAUGAAAAGGAAGAAGGAAUCCUUGGGAGCAUCCUUUUACCAAGCUUCCAUAUCUCUCUGUUAUCUGUGGAUGACCACAUAAGCAAGAAAUACGCCUUCAAGGCCACACACCCAAACAUGCGGACAUACUACUUUUGCACUGACACAGCCAAAGAAAUGGAGUCUUGGAUAAAAGUGAUGACCGAUGCUACACUUGUCCAUGCUGAGCCAAUCAAAAGACUGGAAAACGUAAAGGUAGACCCACGCAGCCCACUGGAGAUGAACAACAUGCUAAAUCACUGGGUUCUGACUCAACCCGAGAUCCAAAAUAAUGAGAAGAACCGUGAGAGUCUUCACCUCGAGGACAAAAAACAGAAACGGCUGGAGAAACAGCCCAAAAUCUACAGAGAGAAAGAAAGAUGUGCCACUCAGAAAGACUCAGAAAAGUACCAAGUUCAAAAAGAAGGUGAAAAGUAUGCUCUAGAGAAAGAUGGACAGAAGUAUCCUCAUCAGAAGAGUGGAUAUAGGUACAUGCUACAGAAAGAUGUGGAAAUGUUUGGUGUACAGAAUGAUGGAGAAAAGUACGCCUCUACUCUGCAAAAGGAUAGUAAACGGCAUGCCCUCCAGAGAGAUGAAGAAAUAAAUCUGCUGCAGAAAGAUAUGCAAAGAUACACUCUGCACAAAGACAGUGACAAGCACGUGCUUCCAAAGGACAGCGAGAUAUAUGGUGUGCACAAAGACAGUGAGAAAUAUCUCCAGACAGAUGGAGGACGACCUACACAGAAAACCAGUGUGCAGAAAGAAGCAGAGAGGCCCAGGCUUCAGCAGGAAGAAGAAACUUACAGCUUGCAGAAGGAUGAGAAUGUGGAGCAGACACUCACCAAACUUGACAGCGUCAAGCUGCAGCCUGUGCAGGCAGCCACUGUUGUCCCGGCUGCGUCUUCCUCAUGGCAACUGCAGAGCAGAGGAGGCUCAGCUCAGUAUAAAGCUGCACAAGUGAAUGGCUCUGGAGGAGAGCAGAGCCCAGGAGAAAUGAGUAACACCAUUCCACAAAGGACAGCAAUAAAGCCUCAGCAGCCUGCAGAGCCAGAGAGGAGCUUAAGCAGGUCUAAUUCCAUUCAGUUGGAGCAGUAUUUUAGGGCGCAGCGUACCAGGGUUCAGGAUGACGACACGAAGAGCAUCACUUCAUAUCAGACUCUGCCCAGGAACAUGCCUAGCCAUAGGACACAGGUGGUGCCACGCUAUCCUGAGGGCUACCGCACGCUUCCACGUAACAUGCUGCGGCCAGACAGCGUCUGUAGUGUGGCAGGUUCGAUGUAUGACUGUGCGCUGCAGCCCGUGGCAGCAGAGAAGAGGCGCUCUAUGCGAGAUGACACUUUGUGGCAGCUGUAUGAGUGGCAGCAGAGGCAGGCCUACAGCCGUAUGGGCUACAGCACACUGCCCAGCCCCAAGACUCUGAGCCACAUUGCAGAGUCCAUCCCCUCAUCACCCUCGCAUGGCUCCCUGGCUCUGUACCACUCCGUCUCUCCCAACCGGCCCUACAAUCCCAGCACAUGCUCUGAAGUUUCCUCACCUGUGUUCCGUGGAGAUGUCAGCAUCGACCGGCGUCACAGAGCACACGUUGCAAAGUAUGCAUACCCACCUGACUGCAGGGUCCCAGCAGCUCAGAGCAUCACGCCGCAGUCCCUGCAGGGUAAAACGCCAGAAGAGCUGACCCUGCUGCUUAUCAAGCUGCGACGGCAGCAGGCUGAGCUCAACAGCAUCCGAGAACAGACUCUUGCUCAGCUAAUGCAGCUAAACAUUGAUGCCGCCAACCCGAAGAAUAAGGUGCUUUCUCAUCAACUGCAGAGGAAUCUCAUGUAUCUGGACAGCCAGAUGAGUCCUGAGGCAUACAGCGACAGCAUUUAUGCCUACAGACCUGAAGAACUAGAUGUUGAUACAAAGUUGAGCAGGUUGUGCGAACAAGGCAAAGUGGUGCGAACACAAGAGGAGAAGCUUCAGCAACUCCACAGAGAGAAGCACACCCUAGAAACAGCCCUUUUAUCAGCAAGUCAGGAGCUUGAGAUGAGCGCGGAUAACCCAGUGGCCAUGCAGAGCCUCAUACAGCAGAGGGAUGUACUGCAGAACGGCCUUUUGAGCUCCUGCAGAGAACUAUCCCGAGUCAGCACUGAGCUGGAUAGAAGUUGGAAAGAGUAUGAUAAACUGGAGGCCGAUGUGACCGUGGCUAAGAGGAACCUGCUCGAUCAGCUGGAGGCUCUUGGCAGUCCACAGACAGAACCCCCUAGUCAGCAGCAUGUCCAGAUUCAAAAGGAGCUGUGGAGGAUUCAGGACGUGAUGGAUGCACUGAACAAAAAUAAACCAAAGAGAAGCGCUGAGCCAAGUUUUCCAAUCUCUGGUCUUCAGAAAAAGGAGGAGUCAGAUUCAGUGCCCCCACGUCCUCCACUUCCCCACCUUUAUGAGGGCAGAGCGCGCCUGUGUGUGCCCCACCUGCCCGGCCCCAGCCACACUCAGCUUCACCCACCUCGCACAGGCCCUCACCAGCCCGAAGACCGCAAAGCUGCCCAGCGCAAUGGCAGUCACAGCGGUCCGGACUACAGGCUGUAUAAGAGUGAGCCGGAGCUGACAACAGUGGCUGAAGUAGAUGAGAGCAAUGGCGAGGAGAAAUCUGAACAGGCUGCUGAAAAAGAGCCCUCUAGUACUAAAGUGUCCUAUCCUGUGGGAGUAGUGAGCCCAAGGACAAAGUCACCUCUGCCAGUGUCCUCCACUAUUGCUUCUUAUGUGACUUUGAGGAAGGCCAAGAAACCUGAAGCAAAAGCAAACCGUCCAAAUAGUACAGUGGAGCACAUCAGCAAUAGUGUAGAGGGAGUUCGCCAGCGCAUGAGUGUUGAGGAGCAAAUGGAGCGGAUUCGGAGGCACCAGCAGGGCGCGCUGCGAGAGAGAAGGAGGGAAGAUGGUUCUCUCUCCCGCAGUCUUUCCUUCACCAAAGACACCUCCUAUUACUACACCCUGCAGAGCACAAAAAGAAGGGAGAUGUCAGCUGGAGACUCGUACCAUAUCAGAGCCACUAUGUUCAAAGAAAACUGCAAAGCAUUGGAGCAGGAGCAGGGAAAAGUGGUGUCGGGGCCUGAGUUUGGCGAUAAGGUCCCUGAAGCCAGCAGAAGUCCAGAACAUCGCAAACCCCGGGGCACUGAGGACAGUCUGCAGACUGCAGUGAUGGUACGAGUGGGGACAGAGGAAAAUGAUGAUGAUGAAAAUCUCUCUGAACAAGGUCGAGAUGAGAUCGUCAAGGCCUCCUACAAUCUGACGUCCUCUAAACACAGCACGGCGGUUUCAGUGAACAGCUUUACCAGUUCGCCUCAGUCUCCAAGCUCCUCUCCUCUUCCUUCUUCCCCUCCUCACCUCCCUGAUGGUUCCCACUUCAUCGUUGCCACCAACAUCCAUAAACACUGACACGUGAAGAAGGUACUAAUGGAGAACCAAAAAUGCAGCCUUGUAGAGGAGCGAGAGGCCGCACCGACAACCCGGUCGCAGCUCAUGCCAUUGCUCUAAAUACCAACUGCCACAGAAGAAUUACACGAACAGGUUACCUUAGAGUUAUUAAUGUUAUUAUUUAUAAUAUUGUUCUUAUUUUCAUGUUUCAUCGUGUUUUUAAAUGAUUGCGAGUUUUAUUCUGUGUUUAGGCAUUUUGUAUAAAAGGAUAUGAGCAGUGCAGUGAGGAGGGUCUACUGAUUUUACAGGUUUAUUAUAAAGAGUAGCCACAGUCUUUUCAGUGGGUGGGAAGUGGGAUAGAGCUACAUGCUCUCUCACAUACGUACAUGCCCACAUGCACACGUUACUUCAAAUAUCCAGGAGUUAUGCACAGAAUCUGCUUAUUUCUUUAUUUAAAAAGUCUGGCUCUUUUACCGCUGAUAAACACUCCGGUUUUAGCAUAAUAUCUUUUGCACUGUAUAACACCUCACUGAUAUUUUUUUUUUUAAGUAGUAAUGUGUUUAUCAAAUUAUCUGUACAGAACACACACAGUGUGAAAGGUGAUUUCAUUAAAGCACUGCUAUACAGUAACACUGCAGAUGAAAAUAUAUUAUUUUAGGUUUGUAAAGAAACUUUAGAUAGUCUGUGAGUUCUUGCAGCACUGUUCCCCAAACAGAACAUUCAUGAACAUUCAUUUUAUAUUUCUAUGGCUGAGAUAUAUUUAACUAAAGAUAUAAUUAAAGAGAGUAUUCACAAAAAAAGAGAAGAAUAAAAGAUUUGGUUUAGUGUGGUCUCUGUCCAUGUUGGGGUCCAUCUAGAAAAGUAUAGCACAUGUAAAGGUAAAAAGCAAUAACCAGGGUUUUGGUGUUAACUUUAUUGUAGAAGAUGUAAAGAUCAUAUUGUAUAUAAUGUACACCAUACAAUAAAAUUAUAAAAACUUAUCUAAGGAGUCAAUAUGCAAAUCUCAUCUGUUUUAUAUCAUGUGAAAUAAAUGUUGUUAUAAAAGGUG